AUGGGUGUUUACGGAGGCUUAGGGCCCAUGACCAAUGCAGUUCUCUGGGUGGAGGCGGUUAUAUUUGCGGUCUUCGCAGGGCUCAGGCUCUAUACGCGAAAACACAUUCUCAACUCCGUUGGUCUGGAUGAUUAUCUAGUUCUGAUUGCACUGGUUCUUCAUAUAAUUUACACUGCCUUUGUCACGGAAGGAACCGUUUACGGCGUCGGGCAACUAUACGCUGAUGUCGGUGAUCCUGUCAUCUAUUUUACAGCUGUCAAGUAUGAGCUAUUCAGCCAGGUAGCUGGAAUCAUGGUCAUUGGUGUUGGCAAAGCUGCUGUGGGCGUGUUUCUUCUUCGAAUUGUGCGGAGUAGAACCCAGAGGGUGAUUAUCUGGGCUUGUCUUGCAAUCACUGCUUUCAUUACGCUUUUCGCCAGCAUUACUGUUAUCGUGCAGUGUAUUCCAGUUGAGAAAUCUUGGAACCCAACUACGCCAGGCCAUUGUUGGAUCGACUUUUCUAAGGUUGGUUACACUGUUGGAUCAUGGUUUGUCGCCGCAGACUUCUCCUUUGCGAUUCUUCCCUGGUUCAUUGUCUGGGAUCUCAACAUGAAGCAGAAGGAAAAGAUCACCGUUGCCUGUGGUCUCAGUCUUGGAAUAUUCGCUGGAGUAUGUGGCAUCAUCCGCACCAAAGCCCUGGCAGGAUUGAAUGCAUCCGAGUACAUAUAUGAUACGGUCCCAAUGCUCAUUUGGUCUGCCACCGAGAGCUGCGUCACGAUCAUGGGUUCGACCAUCCCCGUCCUCCGUCCCCUCUACAUCCACCUCAAAUACGGGCCGGAUGGCACGAGCGGCUCUUCGGGUGAUACCUCCUACAGAUUGCCAUUGUAUGGCAGUGGUCGAGACAGGAGCCGUUUUUCGAAAUCCGGCCUUGAACCGACAGUUGAGGAGCGGGGUGCUACUCACCACCCCGCCAUGAAUAACAACCCUGCGAAUGCUAGCAAUGAGAAUAUUCUUCGGGGUGCUGCGGGUAUUGAAAGAACGGAGGAGGUCUCAGUUAGUUAUGAGCAGUUUGGAAAGAAUGGCUAG